GAAGAAGAGUUUGUAAGGCAAUCACCCAUCACCACCACUGGCGCUGCUAUCGGUGACACUGAAUUAAUGCAAAAGGAAAAAUUUAGGUAAGUUGUUAAGUCUUGCCGUUAUAAUUCCAAUAAAACCUUUUUGUUCAGUUUUGGUUCAGAUUGAGUUUUGUAAUUCAUGACGGAACCAAUUAAGUUAGUUUUGAAAAUUAUUUUAGGAGUAAUAAGUUCGACAAACGGUCCUAAAUCUGUAACUUCCUCUCUCAAAUACUAAUUUUCCUCUUUUUUCUUAUCCUAAACACAAGGAACAUGCUCUUUCUAUGGUUUUUUUCUAGUUGGAGUCUUGACAACAUUUGUGUAACUCAAAAACCACUACUUUCAUCUUUUUGCUCAAAGAAGAGAGAACAAAAGCCUUGAAUUGUUCUUUUUUGGUGUUAAUUACUUCCCACUUUCUCAAACACCAAGUCCCAUCUAAAUAUUAUACCACCAAUUGUAACAACAAUCUUACAAUACCCUUUCUAGCUUUUUGGUGUACAAUCAGCAAAAGAGGAAUAGAGAAAGAAAAGCCAUAUAUGUAACGGAUAAAACUCGAAUCUCUACAACAUAUAACAGAAAGUUGCAUCACGCAAUAAAUAAGACUCGAAUUCAGAUAUCACCAGUCACCAGUCUAAAGAGUGAUAAUUGGCGAAACUAACGACGAUGAAUAUACACCGCCGCCUUCUUCACACAUCACCACCGGCACCAUCCAACAAGCCGCCAACCGCCUCGUACAUAACCGAGGCGAAUUUCGACACCAACAUGGUAAUCAUACUAGCCGGAUUACUAUGCGCGUUAAUAUGCGCCCUGGGAUUAAACUCAAUCGUGCGAUGCGCGCUCCGUUGCAGGCGGAGGUUCACGACGGAGACGCCGGAACAAGAGGCGGCGAGGCUCUCCGCCGCCACGGGGCUGAAGAAGACGGCGUUGAAUCAGAUUCCGGUGGCGGUGUACGGGGCGGCGGCGGGGAUGGAGAUUCCGGCGACGGAGUGUCCGAUCUGUUUGGGAGAUUUUGUGGAGGGCGAGAAGGUACGUGUGUUGCCCAACUGUAAUCACGGGUUCCAUGUGAAGUGCAUAGACAGGUGGUUGAGAUCGCACUCUUCGUGCCCUAACUGUCGCCUCUCGCUGCUUGAGAAGCCACCAAUGGCUUCACGUGAAGCGCAUGAUGAAGUGGUGGUCGCCGGAGCUCCGGAGGCGGAGGGGUCUGAGCGAGGUGGUGGGGCUGGGAGUGGGUGUGGAUGAUGAGGCAAGUUGAAGUUGAUGUUGAAUUGAAUGUGUUUUUUUUUUUGGGGGGUGUUAAAUUUUAAAAUGUCGGGAGUUAGUAUUUCGGGUCGGAUUUUGUACGUAAAAUGAAUGUGAUCAAAU